CCCUUACUCCGCAGACGUCCCCGUGUCGGCAGCUUUUGCGAUUGGUCUUUCUCAUGUCAAGUGAAUCACGCCUCUCCGCUCCUCUCUUCCAUUUUCGUUGUUUCUGUUUCUCCCCCCUCUCGGUAAAGUCCAAGUGGAAGUUUGCGUAUAGAUCCGUGAGAUAAAAGAGAGAUGCUCUUGGAAAGCGCACCGCAGCUCGAAUGAGAUGGGGCAGACGGACAGCGACCACGCUGUGCUCCGCGGGGCGGCAGUCCUAUCCCGGCGGGCUCCCAGAACGACCAAAACAGAUGCCAGCUACUAGUGAUCGCAACACGCACGGGCACGCACAACUCGUUCAACUUUGCUGAGAGACGCUGAUGCGGGGGAGACGGCCAAAGAGUGAACUUGUGCGCAACAACAGCUGGAACCUCUGGGAUAUUUGAGGACUCCCAUCCAAACUGGAUCUCAAAUUGGGGAAAUUAAAAGUGCGCCCAAAAAGCCUCGCACGUGCCCCUCUUCUUCCCUUGAGUCGGAUUAUGUCGCCUCAUGAUCAUCUUGUUUUGUUCUAGAGUCGCUCUACGGAACUAACUAGACACAGCUGGCUUUCUCGUACUCUUGUCCUCAGAAUGGAAAAGUUGUUUUUUUCUCUAGGGUGGGUGCGCCACCUCUUUGUUGCCGUGAACCUGCUGCUAACGACUGUGGUCGGAAGAGGUGUCGAAAGCAAGUCCAUUGCAGAUAAUCAGCAAAGGUUUUCCUCACUUCCAACCUACCUUCCUGUUACCUACCAAAUCCAGAAUGCAGACUCUUCAUUCUUCCUGAAAGAGGCAGGCCAGGAGCUGAUGAAAAAUUCAAGUUUGCAGUCCCGGACAGAACCCUUUUUCAUCCACUUGGCACAAAGUGUUCCAAUUGUCAAUUCUAGUUAUAAUAACAUUUCAGUAGAAGCCUCUGUUCCUCUGGAGAUGCUCCAGUCUUCCCAAAGACUUCUGGGGGACUCAAGUCAACUAACCUUUAACUGGAAAAUCAGAGCUCAUAUUGUUGAUGACAAGGUAUACUUUGUCCGGCCCAGAGUUCAAAUAUUGUUUUACCUUGCUGGAAAGAGUUGGAGUAACAGUGAUGUUCCUGACAAGCUACCAUGCAUUAAUGUAUAUGCAUUUCGAGAAACACAGGAGGUCAGAACAAGCUGUAGGCUGCAAGGCAAUCCUGGAUUGUGUGUCACUGAGCUAGAACUACUUACAGCUUGGUUUGGGCCACCCUUAGUGGUGCCUGGACGUAAAAAAACUGCAGAACAAUGGGAAGGUACCAGUGUGCAGCUGUAUUACACAGUCCAACCUUUGGAUGGUACCAAUGAUUGUGCUAUGGAGGAUCCCCGCAAAGGCAAUGCCAUUCAUCCUGGGCAAGAUGAAACUAUGCCCUCCAUGCAAAGGAUUGGCUCCGUCUAUCUUUUUCAUACCAAAGAAAGUCCCAAGUUUACAGAGCUGAGGCUGGAUGAAAACAUUUUGGUUCAAGUACCACCUAGUCCAGUCAGACAGGGAGAUGUUGUUCGAUUUGGUAUUGGUGUAGGCAGCACAACAACUGUGGAUCAGUUCACCAUCAGAGCUAAAUUUCAAGAAGGUAUGAAUUUUCUGAGUCUGAAGCCCAACACUGCUGGUUUGUGGGAUGUUAAACAAGAAAUGGGCACGGGACGUUCUGCCAUUUCUCUUUUCUGUCAGAAGAAAUCUGCCUCCUCAGGAAACAGGGUGGAGGGUCCAUUUCUUGAAGUCAUGCAGAUCGAGUUUGAAGUGGAUAACUUCAGCAACGGGUUAUCCUCUCAUCCAGUCACGUGGCAAGUGGAGUACCAAGGAAUAAAUACGGCCCCCGCUGAGAAGAUCUCCUGGAUCCAUGCCAGUCAGAAAAGCCUUACUGGUAUCGUGCCACUUGCAGAGGAUGCUGAAAUUCUCAACACUGCCAUAUUAACUGGGAAGCCUGUAGCUGUGCCAGUGAAGAUUGUCACAGUGCAAGAAGAUGGCAAGACAGCCGAGGUGAACGAAGCCCUGCAGUGCCAGUCAUCUGAUGAAGAUGUAAUCAAGGUGUCCGAGACAUGUGACUUUGUCCUUGUCAAUGGUAAGGAAAUGAAAGGCCGUCUAAACGUCUUGGUGAACUUCACCUACAUGUACUUGACCUCCUGGCUGGACAUCACCGUGUGGGUACCGCGCCUUCCCCUGCAGAUUGAAGUGUCUGAUGCAGAACUCAGCCAGAUCAAAGGCUGGCGAGUGCCCAUUGUCUCCAACAAAAGGCCAACUCGAGAAAGUGAUGAUGAAGAUGAUGAUGAGAAAAAAGGAAAAGGAUGCACACUCCAAUACCAGCAUGCAGUGGUGCGAGUUCUUACGCAUUUUGUAGCUGAGCCCUCUGACACUGGGGGUGAACUCAGCUACAUGCUGAGCUCUGACUGGCAAGCAGACAUUACAGACUUGGUCACUGACUUCUUCAAAGUGGAGGAGCCAAGGAUUGCCAAGCUUCAGGAUGGACGGAUACUAAUAGGAAAAGAGCUUGGCAUCACCACCAUCCAGGUCCUGUCGCCGCUCUCUGACUCCAUUUUGGCAGAAAAAACUGUGACAGUUCUGGAUGACAAGGUGACGAUUACAGAUCUCGGACUCCAGCUGCUAGCAGGACUAUCUUUAAGCCUGCAGCCCAGUACUGGGAGUAACAGAGCCAUCCUUGCUACAACCACCGCCCAGGAGCUCCUUCAUGCACCCAAACAGGAAGCUAUAAUUAGUGCCUGGAUUCAGUUUAGUGAUGGGUCUGUGACACCACUCAAUAUUUACGAGUCCAAAGACUUCAUGCUUAGUGCAACCUCCCUGGACGAAGCAAUCGUCACCGUUUACCAGGACUCUUUCAAGUGGCCCGUUAUAAUAGCAGAGGGUGAGGGCCAGGGGCCACUGGUGAAGGUGGAGAUGGUCAUCAGCGAAUCCUGCCAGAAGUCAAAGAGAAAAAGUAUUCUUGCUGUGGGGAAUGCCAGUGUUAGAGUCAAAUUUGCCCAAGGAAACGUAGAUGAGAAGGGAGCAGGAGCUGAGAGCAGCAAGGCUGUGAACAACCAGGAACCGAACGGGAGCGACCGCAAGCAGCAUGAUCUGUCUGCUUCAGAUAUCUGGAAAUACAACAGUGCCGCUUCUGAUCGCGAGGAAGGAGCCAUGAGGAAGAUCACCAGCACCACAAAAACUAUGGUCACAAACCGCUCUGAGGGAGGGAAGCUGAGCGAAGAGGAGGUGCAGCUGCAGAACAUCCCACUGGACUUCACCAACUUCCCAGCUCAAGUUGACUUGCCUGGUGGUAACCCCGAAAGUGAUCUUUCUCAGGCUCCACGUGGACUGACUGAUCUGGAAAUCGGAAUGUAUGCGUUGUUGGGCGUUUUCUGCUUGGCCAUUCUGGUCUUCCUAAUCAACUGCAUCACCUUUGCUCUGAAAUACAGACACAAGCAAGUGCCAGCGACCGAACAGGGGAACAUGAACCACUCCCAUGACUGGGUCUGGCUCGGCAAUGAAGCGGAGCUCCUUCAACACCACAUGGACCUUUCACCCCAGCAAGAUGAAUGUACCACCGUCAUAGACAGGGGCGAGGGUUACGAAGAAAGCAAAUUCUUACUUAAUGGCGGCUGCCAGAAAAAUAUUCAGGGGCAGAUUCACAGGUCAGCAGAGCCCGGAUGCAAUGGCAAAGAUCUCAAGAUCGAACCCCUCAACUCACCCACCUCUAAACGGAAGCGUGUCAAAUUCACGUCUUUUGCCACGAUUCUCCCCGAUGAUGGUGGGCCGUAUACCAACUCGAUUUUAAUAGGCAAUGAAGAUGACAUUAAGUGGGUAUGUCAAGACAUGGAUCUCGGACAGUCAACUGAAAUCAGGUCAUAUAUGGAAAGGCUACAAGACAAUCUGUAAAAAAGGAAGCCGUGAAAAGGACAAGAUACUAACUCACCUUUAUGCCUUCGGUUGAGCGGGAGGGAGCAGUUUUCUGAGUCAGCAAUAGUAAGUUGUGACAUGUAAGUGCACUGACGGACAAACGCGGAGUCGUUUUAUUUGGGUUUGGAAAGCAUAUGUAAAAAAAACCAAGGUGCAGUCGGAAUCUAAAUGGCAGCUUAGAGGAAACCUGUUUUACAAAUCACUGAACUUUAAAAGCGUGUAAAUGAACAACUGGGCAUAGUCUACAAUAUAUGAGAAGCAACUGUGACAAAGGCCAGCCGACCUGUCACACAGCAGUCCAUCCAGACUCCAUGUACUUUAGGGCUUUGAACAAUUGAGCCCCCCUGACAGCGGCCAUCUGACGCAGAACACACCA